AUGGCUCUUCUCACUUCUCUGCCCCUAGAGCUACAGGUCGAAAUCAUCACUAACCUGGAUCCCAUCGGUUUGAUCUCGCUCAGCCAAACCAGCAGGUACUUUCGAAACUUCAUCGACCCGAAUAAGCGAGAGUUUAUCGAGAGGCUUUUACAAUUGGAGCUCACAGAAGAGUUUGGAGGACCGGCCUUCGAAUAUCGCGCCAGAUAUUUCGAGGAGCUCCUGUUAUUUUGGGCGAGCGAGCCAUGGCAGGCCAUCCGCUGGGCCUGUACUGGGUGUAUGCGACUGCUCUCGCAUGUUCAUUUUGAUAACAGGUCUCUCCUCCGCUUGCAUUUGAGGAAGCCGGGUCCAGGAUCCUCUGAAAAGACUCUUACCACUUGGCGGGCCUCGCUGCUCGGCAAGCAUUGGAGCAGCCGGCAACAACAAAGUAUUUCUGAUGAGGAGAGAAGCCGCCGCAAGCGAUACCAAAUCGCGGAUUCUAUUCCAAUGGUCCAAACAUUCGAUGAAUCCCUAGUCCACUACAACUUGGAAGCUCUGCGAGAUUUAGGACUUGAUGGUUUUGACGGCCUCGACCAGGAGCAGUUCCGCGCAUUAUCGACAGACAAUAAGCUGCUGCAGAUUUUCGACCGAAACAUCGCAUCCAUUGACUCUGAACGCUGCGGCUUGAAACGGCACCUGCGUAGAUGCAAUGAGUGCAAAUACCAAGGAAACUGUUUUAGGCGUGGGGCCGAUGGCGGUACACCCAGAGUCCCCAUCCAAAACAGCAGGAGGAUACGUUACACACCUAUCUUACAUCGAUUUUUCCCCAAUUACUGGACUGGGUUGCGCACCGGGGGACCUCCGAUAAGUGACCUCCUUUUGGUGGAAGCUGGGAGAGCCUUUUACAUUGACUGGACCCUGCACAUGGCACGGUGCCCCGGGUGCGAGCGCUGGCAGGAGGUGAGAGCGUUUCGUAUUGGAGCUGGCGGAUGCUGGUGGAGGCCUGAACUCGGGUUUUGGGCUGGAGCUGCUCAUGAGGAGACGGUAAACAUUACAGCGGCUUUCCUUGAUGGUAUCCGCUGCAACGCAUGCUUCGCUCAAGCCCGCGGAUGGGAGGAGCUGGCAGCAACCUUGUCGACUUGGUUCUUCAGACUUUUGGCUAAGCACCAGUCUGUGCUUGAGCGCGAAGUAUUUUUGGGGUGGGAUAGGAUUAGAGAGCUUCUGCCGAGCCUUCCGUCAGAGAUUCAACCUGCCGUAGGGUCUAUUCUCCAAGCCGAGGCCGUGGUUACCCAAGGCUCUACAGUGCUCCAUCCCACCAGCCUCGAAACUAUUCAGUCACUUCAUGGCCAAUUGAUGGGCAUAUGUGAUAAUAUGCCAGAACCUUCGGCGAGUGAAUUUCGGCAUUUCAGACUUGAACGCUGGUGUCGUGGCUUCAAGGCGCUUACAGAUUACUUGGCGUGGUUGCACGCCAGCGCCAAGGAGAUCCAAGAGAAUCCUCAAGCACUGGUAAUCUGGGCCUUGGGCCAAGAUGGAAGCACAUUGAAUGGAAACACAUUGAAUUGA